UCGUUCUCAACUCUGAAGUUGCCCUCUCUGUCUCUGUAACUGCAAGCUACAAAAUCUACAAGAAUCAGAAGUUCAAAACCCAUAUACUUUAGUUUAUCUAUCUGUCUGCUAGAAUCAAAAGUUCAAAACCUAUUACCUAUAUCAAAACCCAUAUCCGCCGAUUUCUCACCUUCAACAUCUCUCGCGCUCUCCAUCACUGGAUCAAUGGCAACAGAAGUGGUCAAUGUAAAUGAGUUCCAAGAACUGGCAAGGCAAGCCCUCCCAAAACUGUACUAUGACUUCUACUCUGGGGGAGCUUAAGAUCAGCACACACUAAGGGAGAAUGUGGAAGCAUUUCGUAGAAUCACGUUAUGUGUUAAGCUUACACUUAUUAUUCUUGUUAUUGAACAGGGUCGACGUUUUAACAUCAUCUUUGUAUUACAUUUCAGUAUUCGGCGUAGAUGUGAGCAGAAUUGAUACAUCAACCACUAUAUUAGGUUACAACACUUCGGCACCCAUUAUGAUUGCUCCAACUUCUAUGCAUAAGUUGGCACACCCUGAAGGAGAGGUUGCGACAGCCAAAGCAGCAGCUUCUUGUAACACCAUAAUGGCAUUGUCCUUUUCCUCUACCUGCACUGUGGAGGAGGUUGCUGCCAGCUGCAAUGCUGUUCGCUUCUUUCAGUUAUAUGUGUACAAAAGACGCGACGUGCCAGCUGUGUUAGUGCAGAGAGCCGAACAAAAUGGUUCUAAGGCCAUUAUUCUUACUGUUGAUACUCCUGGACUUGGUCGAAGGGAGGCAGACAUAAAAAACAAGUGAAUUUUUAUUUCCUUUUUCUUUUGUAGUUUCCACUACUAGAGCAAUGGCCUUCACAUAUUGGAGUAGAUACUCUACCUAACUUGGAAAACAGUACUUAAAUUUAGUAUUUAAUAUUACAAGGACCCUUUCUCUUGUUUA